AUGGUUUUAAAGGUGGAAAGCACCAAGAGCCCAAGUGCAACCCUUCCCUCCAAUGUGCCUUCCUACAGGCCCUUGUCCUCCUCCCAUGAGGAUUGCCCUAGCAGUCACACCAGCUUUUCAGAUGGAGAGCUGAGGGCAAGUGUCAAACAUCAAAUCUUCUACCUCUCAGAGCAGCUGAGAGUGGAGAAGGCCAGUAGGGAUGAGAAGACCAUGAGCUACCUCAAGCUGGUUUCCAAAGCUGACCACCACGAGGCCCCACACAUCCAACAGGCCUUCGAGAGGCAGCACACCUCUACCACUGUUGCUCACAUAGGAUGAAAGCUCUAUGAGUGUCACCUGCAGCUGAAGGAGCUGGAAGAGGGCCGCAGCCCCAGAAGCUUAGUGUUGAAAGUGGGCAGUGGUGUGAACAGCCAUAAACAGCCUGCUGUGAAGAUCUUAUAUUCCAAGUUGUCCAAGCCAGGUGGGGAUGAUAGCCCGCUCAACAUUGUUAGGCCCUCCACUCAGAAGAGUCACUUGUCAAGCAUGCAGCAGAGGAAAUCCUCAGACAAAAAGUAUAUGGUUUGGCAACAAGAGCUGCUGUUGCAGAAGAUGAAGGAAGAACUGACAGAACCCAGGAAGGUUCAUGUUAGCCUUCGGGUCUCCCAUCAAAGCCUCAAGGAAAGUCAUGGGACUGAUGUGUGGGAGAUACUGGAGUCAGGCCAGGAAAAGAAAUCCAGACAAUUACUGAUGGAAGAACAGGCGAAUGGAUACUUGCAGAGAUACCUGGAUGAGAUUUGCUACCUCAGACAGUAUCUGGCAUGCACCGAAGAAAAAAUCGUCUACUUGUCCUAUGAAAGAGCCAAGGAAAUAUGGGAUGUAAUAGACACUUUCAAGAGCAGAAUAACCCUGCUAGAAACUCUACAGAAAGAUACUCAACUAGAGAAGAUGGCCAGCCUUGGAACCCUAUCCAAGGACUUUUUGUUCGGAUUCAUAAACCUGCUUCUCACCCUGACCACUACCCUCUUGGUCUUGAUCUCUACUUUUUGUUCUUGCCCCUUGCCCCUGCUCAACUCUUACCUACACAUGUUCACUGUAUUUGUGCUUAUUGGCUUUGGAACUGUAGCCUGGCAAAAGCAGAAUAUUAUUUCCAUCAUGGACUGGCAGGCCUUGUUCUCCUUGAAGUGGAGACCAGACUUCAAGGGCGGUAAGCCUCCAUUAGAUGGACACUGA